AUUGUAUAAAAACCGAACGGGUUACAAAAGGUUAAACACAACCAAAGUGUAUAUAAAUAAAAGGAACCUUUGCCAUUAUUUAGUAACCAUACCAUCCAAAAUGAAAGCUACCUCAUUGUGUUUUGUGCUCCUUUGCUGUAUCGUGCAGGUACUUUCUGCGGAGUUCCCCGAGGAACUAAUAGACGAUAUUGUCCGCGAAUGCUUGAAAGAACACAACGUGGAUAUUAAGGAGUUAUCGAAAUACUUCGAUGACAAAUUAAGAAUUACUAGUGUGGACGAUGUCGGAAAUAAGCUAAUAAAGUGUUCAAUUGAAAAGCGGAAAUAUUACGCUCCUGAUGGCGGAUUCGAUAAGGAUGUGGUACUUAAGGAUAUUGCAAAGUCGCUGACAGCUUUCGUCAAAACAGAAGGGACGGACUAUGAAGCACUGGCCGAAAAACUCUACGAAAAAUGUGAAGGAAUAAAGGGUGCCGAUCAAGUGGAACACAUUGUAAACUGGAAUAACUGUCUUGUGGACGAACUUGUGAAGAUGAAUAAUUAAACAAUUAUAGUAAUAAUAAUAA